CGCAAAAAGCAGCAAAAGCAGCAAUAGCACAAAAAAGCCCUCGCCCACCUCCACCUCCACCUCUACCACCGCCGUCGCCCCGCCCGCCUUUCGCACUCCCGACGAAUCCCGCAAACGCGGCUCGCCAUGCUGUGGUGCCAGCAGCAGCCCGACCACCGCGGUCGCAAGCACCGCCACAUCCCCUCCCGGCUCGCCCCCCAAGCGCCGGCGCCGCCACCAAGACGGGAACAUCAAGGUGCUCCCCAAGCUCUACCAGACCACACAGUCGGCGGACCUGGUGAUUUUGAUCUCGGACAUGCUGCAGGAGCUGGUGGGGCUCAACGAUCGGAUUCCGCUCAGUGGCGCCGGGUUGACUAGGUUUCAUUCGCGCGCUCCGCCGACCAUAAGCAUCACGGACUACCUCCAACGCCUCUCCAUUCACGCGUCCCUGCAGCAGUCCAUCCUCUUGAGCAUGGUUUACUACAUCGACAUCCUGUCCACGCACUACCCGCCUUUUGUCGUGUCCAGCCUCACCGUACAUCGCUUCCUCAUCACCGCGGCAACAGUCGCCAGCAAGGGCCUCUGCGACACGUUUCUCACAAACAGUUUCUACGCUAGAGUCGGAGGAAUCAGUCUUGUGGAACUGAACAUGUUGGAGCUCGAGUUUUUGGUAAGAGUCGGCUGGAGGAUCGUGCCCAAGCCGGAAGUGCUGGAGGAAUAUUACAGGAGCUUGGUGAUGCGCAUGGGAGGGAGAUAUAGGGUCGAGGACGACGAAGGGGGCUAGUAAGAGAGGGAGGGGGAGGGGAG